AUGGACCUCAGCCGUUCACGACACCUCAUGGCCUCGGAUUCGGACAGGAUGACUUUCGGUAUCAAGGCUUCUGCUUUAAACAGCAGGCUUCAAGGCCUCACUCAACAGCUCAACACCAACGUCGAAGACGCAACCCUUGAGCGAAUCGCUGCGCUCAAGAAGCUCGCUUGCCAUGUCUACCUUCACUGCGCAUUGCAUGAUGGCAGACCGACUGAUUUCAUGAUUAAGACUCAUGUACGAGAAAUCCUCAAAGGGAUCCUCGAUCUUAUCGAGCAGAACUCAGCCUCUCAUGUCAUUUGGCCCCUGUUUGUGGCGGCCGUAGAGUUGGAUCCACUUGACUAUGAGCUUUGGUCUGACCCAGACACGGGAGCGGUUACCGAUGGGAGAAAACUUGUGUUGGAUCUACUCGCCAGGAUAGCCAAAGUCAGUGUCUCCAGUGUUUCUCGGACACGUUCGGUCAUUGAGCAAGUGUGGCAAACCCGGGACUUCCAUCUGUCCAAGGCUGCUGGGUCGAUUCGAACGCCGUUCCAUAGUUUGAAUGACUGGGAACAAAAUGUCGUGCCACUGAGCGAUGCUCUGAGCUUAGUAUGA